AGAGAAAGCAAAUAGGAAUAGGAAGAGAGAUCCGUUAGGAAAAGAAAGAGACACCGUCACCAUGAAUAUAAAAACGGCGACGAUGGUAAUGAAGCCACAACUCAACGCGCUUCAUACCGUUAAACUCGGCAUUCCGUCUUCUUCUUCUGUUCAAAUCCCGAUUCUUCCCCUUCCUCUUUUAAUUCCAUCAUUCACUUCCCAUUCUCCUCCUUAAUCUCUCCUAAUUUCCUUCUACGAUUUUGCCUUUCUCUUUUUGAUAAUUCAAAAGCUAGGGUGCUUCAUUGUUUUUUAAUUAAUUAGCUGUCUGCACUGCAUUGGAUUGAUGUGCAAUGCAGAGAUCACGUAGAGCUCUUCUUCAAAGAAGAGCUUUUCAGAAGGCUAUCAGUGGAAGAACUCACUUAUGCAGGGUUUCCCUUUCUUUGUUUCUUGCUUUAUGGGGGCUUUUCUUCCUUUUCAGCUUAUGGAUCAGUCAUGGUGAUGGUUAUAGGGGUGAAUCUGCAGUGCUUGCAGCUGGCGCAUCAACUUGCAAUGAGGCAAAUUUGGAACCUUGCAAUGAAAUUUGUUCUGUCUAUUCAGAUGAAAGUUUGUGUACAGAAAGAGCUUCCAAUGAUGAGUUACUUGGUAGUGAAGGAAACACAAAAUAUUCCUCUGUUCUGGAGCAACCUGAGGCAAACUCUGUUUCAGAUGUGAAAUUUGAAAAUAAUGGUCCUAAGAUUGGCAGAUUAUCUCAUUCUGUACCCUUGGGUCUUGACGAAUUCAAAAGCAGAUCAUUCAGCUCUAAAACUAAAUUAGGAACUGCUCAAGCUGGAGGUGUAAUUCAUAGAGUAGAGCCUGGAGGUAAAGAGUACAAUUAUGCUUCAGCAUCAAAGGGAGCGAAGGUAUUGGCUUUUAAUAAGGAAGCAAAAGGAGCCUCCCAUGUCUUAGACAAAGACGAGGACAAGUACCUUCGAAAUCCAUGCUCUGCUGAAGAGAAAUUUGUUAUAAUAGAACUUUCAGAAGAAACCUUAGUAGAUACAAUUAAAAUAGCAAAUUUUGAGCACUACUCUUCUAAUUUAAAAGAUUUUGAGCUGCUUGGUAGUUUGGUUUAUCCAACAGACUCAUGGGUGAGGCUGGGGAAUUUUACAGCUGCUAAUGUUAAGCAUGCUCAAAGGUUUGCUCUUCAGGAGCCACAGUGGGUGAGAUAUCUAAAGCUCAAUCUUCUUAGUCAUUAUGGUUCAGAGUUUUAUUGUACCCUAAGUGUUGUUGAAGUUUAUGGAGUUGAUGCUGUAGAAAGAAUGCUAGAAGAUUUGAUCUCUGCUGAAAACAAAGUUGUAUAUGAAGAGGGAACUGGCGAGCGGAAGGUAUUACCCUCUCAAUCAGAGUUUUCAUAUGUUGAUGAUUGUGAUCAAGAACUGAGGAUUGACGUUGAAUCAGGCACUUCAGUUGGGAAUUCAAAUAUAAGGCGUGAAGUUCCAAAAAAUAAAGUGCCAGAUCCAGUGGAAGAAGUUCAUCACCAACAAGUGGGUAGAAUGCCUGGGGACACUGUUCUUAAAAUAUUGAUGCAGAAAGUUCAUUUUCUGGACUUAAGUUUAUCUGUUUUGGAACGAUAUUUGGAGGAGGUGAAUUACAGAUAUGGCAAUAUUUUCAAAGAAUAUGACAAAGAUUUAGGAGAGAAAGAUAUGGUUUUAGAAAAAAUCAUACCUGACAUACAGAAUCUCCUUGGCAGCCAGGAGGUCAUAGCUAAAGAAGUUGACGAUCUCCUUUCUUGGAAAUCCCUUGUUUCUACACAGAUGGAUAAUCUCCUCGGGGAUAAUCUUGCUCUAAGGUCGAUGGUUGAAGGAGUUCGAGAGAAUCAAAUAUCUAUCGAAAAUAAGGGUAUCGCUGUGUUUUUUAUUUGCUUAAUUUUUGGAUUUCUAGCUUUUGUGAGGCUAUUGGUAGAUAUAUUGUCGAGUGUUUAUAAGGCAUUUAGUGUUCAGAGAACAGAGAAGUCCUGGAAAUUUUGUUGGAUGAGCUCUUCCUGGCUCUUGUUACUGUUCAUCUGUAGCAUUAUUUUGUUAAUAUUAUCAUUAUAAUUUUGCGACA